AUGAAAAGGUCGCAGGGUCUGAACAGGGCGGUGCGCGUUCUGUGCUGGGUCUGCACCACCGGCGCCAACCACGCCUCCAAAGCGGCCCACGUCAAGGCCACGUGGGGCCGGCGCUGCGACAAACUCAUUUUUUUCAGCGACGAAGAAGAUGAAGAUCUGCCUGCGGUGGGAAUUGCUGCACCAAAAGGCCGUGCUGGUCUUUGGCGGAAAACGGUGCAGGCGUUCAUUCAAGUGCACGACCAGUUUGCAAACGAAUUUGACUGGUUUCUUAAAGCUGACGACGACACGUACGUCAUUGUGGAGAAUUUGCGUCGGCUUUUGGUACUCUACGAUCCUAAUGCUGCAAAAUAUCUGGGCAUGCAGUUCAAGAAACGCGACUUACCAAAGGGUUAUGCAACCGGUGGUGCAGGUUACGUUUUGAGUCGUGGAGCGUUGAAAAAAUUGGUGACUGCGGCAUUUCCUGCACCCAAUCCCCACUGCCAGCUUUCAAAUCUCACUUCAGACGAGGACGUUUUAUUGGGUUUGAUCGAUUUUCUCCAGUAA